AUCUUCUUUGGCAACUUUCCUCUCUCCUAUGCUGUUCCUUGUAAGGGUAAGCAUUAAGCAAGCAACUCUCACAUCUUUACUUCUAUUUGUUUUUGUUUGCAGAAGUUCCUCUCUCUCUCUCUCUCUCUCUCUCUCUGAUAUAAUUUUUUUUUUUUUAAGUAUUUCUCGAAUGUGUUUUGGGGACUAGUUUUUGUGUGUAAUUCUUGGAAACAGUGAAUUUGGAUUAAUAUUUGAAAAUAUUGAAAGACACAUAUCUUAUAUCUAUGGAGAUCAGAUGGUGACUUUGGUUUUUGUCUUUUAACUUGAGGUAGUUAAAAGUGGUUUAAGUACAAAUUAAUAGAAGAGAACAGAAACCAAAAAUUUCAAGAGGCUGUGAUAGAUUGCGUUCGAUUUGGGGAAGUUGGUUUUAGCUUUGUGUUUUUCCAGUCUUUUCUUUUCUUUUUUUUUUUUUUUUUUUGUUUUUUUUUUUUUUUUUUUUUUGUUUGUUUAAAUUCUUUCUUUUUCAUCACUCUAUUUCUUUUCCUUUGCUUGGUUUCUAAUUCUCAUGAUUUUCUCAUUCCAUCCAUCCUUUAUUGCCACAAAAGGAUCAAACAAUUUAUUGUAUGGUAGAAAAGGAGGGUUCUCUGUUUCUCUCUUUUAGGUUGAUGUGUCAAGAUAGAAAAUACUCCAGCUGAGCUUAAUAGGUUCUAGACCCAUCUGUUUCUAGCUUUUAGAUUCAGUGUUUCUUUUGAUUCCUUUGAAACCCAUCUAAUGGAAAUUUAAGUCCAUUCUUUAACCAUCAUAUAUAUCUAUUACUGCCCUUUUAAAUUUUUAUUGCAUUUCUUCAGUUUAUUGGCAUAGGCUUCUUGUAUUUCUUUUACGUAACAAAAUCCAUUUGAGACAGCCAAAUUAGAAGAUUAAGAAAGUGGCAAGCAUAGUUGUAGCUUUUAGCUUGUUUUCAGGAUUGCUGCUAGUCAAAUGAAUUCGAUAGAGGAGAUAUCUGCAGCAGUUGCUCUUCCAUUUAGCAUAGACAAACUGAUCUGCAAUAAGUCAUCCGUACCAACCCAUAAGGAAAUUUCUGGGCUUAAACGUACUGCAGAUAAAACAAUUUUGAUAUCAAAUCCCAUAAGAAAGGCAAAUAUGCCUUUUGAGUCUGUUCGCGACAAAAAUGAAGGUUACAGCAAUAGUAGUAUGGAGAGGGAAAUUAAUCAUCGUGCCUCAGUAGUCGAGGAUGUGAGUUCUAGGGAGCGAAAUGAGGAUUAUGAGUUAAUAUCAUUCGUUGAUGACCAAAUGCUUGAAAAUAUAUGUUCUCAAUCUGUGGCUAGUGAUACUGGUAGUAUCUGUUGGGAGGAACCUUUGUCUUUGGACACUAAUUCCAAUAGAAAUUCAAUGGAUAUUGAAGGAAUGGUUGGUAACUUUGAAAUGAUUGCCAAACCCUGUGUUAGGGAAUCAUAUGUGGAAUUAGAGACUCUGGAUGAUAUUGUUCCAGUCGCAGCGGGUAUUAGGGGUGAGGAUGGCUAUAGGUCUCAUCCAAAAUUAUCUGCUGUACUUCCUGAGGUGCCGGAAGAAAAAAAGGUCACUAUGACAAGUAGCUUCAGCAUCUUUGAAUCGAAUAACACACCACUUUGGGGAUUUACAUCUAUCUGUGGAAGGAGACCGGAGAUGGAAGAUGCUUUUGCUGCUGUGCCUCGACUUCUGCAUAUUCCUACUCAAAUUCUAAUGGAUGAAGAAUGUGAUCACGUUUUGAAUGGCACCAACCAGAAACUAAGUUACUUCACUGCACAUUUCUAUGGCGUCUAUGAUGGACAUGGGGGCUCUCAGGUUGCUAAUUAUUGCAGCGAGCGAAUGCAUUUGGCUUUGGCCGAGGAGAUAGAGAGUUUGUAUGGUGGAGACAAUAGGAAUAGUUGGCAGGAGAAAUGGAAGAAAGCCUUCUCAAAUUGCUUUCUGAAAGUUGAUGCUGAGACAGGAGAAUCUUGCAGAGGCACUAGGGAAAGUAAUACUGAUGACUCCAAGGUUCAAUUGGAACCCAUUGCCCCUGAAACUGUUGGCUCUACUGCAGUAGUUACCAUUGUUUGUCCAACGUAUAUUAUAGUUGCAAAUUGUGGUGAUUCUAGAGCAGUCCUGUGUCGCGGAAAAGUGGCAAUGCCGUUGUCAGUAGAUCACAAACCAGAUAGAGAAGACGAAUAUACAAGGAUAGAGGCAGCAGGAGGCAAAAUCAUACAAUGGAACGGAUCUCGUGUUUUUGGUGUCCUUGCAAUGUCAAGAUCCAUAGGUGACAGAUAUUUGAAACCAUGGAUAGUCCCAGAUCCAGAAGUGAUGUUUGUUCCUCGAGAAAAAGACGAUGAAUGCCUCAUCUUAGCGAGUGAUGGUUUGUGGGAUGUGAUGACAAAUCAAGAGGUAUGUGACAUUGCACGAAGAAGAAUCCUUCUUUGGCACAAAAGGAAUGGUGAUACCCUGUCUGCAACAAGAGCUGACGGAGUCGAUCCUGCUGCUCAAGCUGCAGCAGAAUACCUCUCAAAACUUGCUCUUCAAAAGGGAAGCAAAGACAAUGUCACUGUUAUUGUUGUGGAUUUAAAGGCUCAACGCAAGUUUAAGAGGAAAAAGGUUGAUAGUAACUAGUGAUAUGUCUCGUCCCCCAUCAGUCAGUAAAGCCUUUGAAAUACUUGCCAGAAAAAAGAAAAGAGAGACAUCCUUAGAUUCAAAUAUUAACAUUAUAUGAUUUAGCCCAUCAAUUUUUAUUUGGGCUAAACGUAAUCCCCUUGUUAUUUAGCUCUCUCUUUUCGUGGAGGAUACAAUUUGCAAUUUAUUCUAGAUGUCUCGUUUAUGCAAAUUUCAUCUGCACUUUUACAA